GCCUGCUAGGCCUCUGAUAGUUUAGCAUCACCCAUGCAUAAAGAAUAAAAAUCAUGAAGGGAUAUGCUGUUCUGGUCAACAGAGCGGACGAACUGCUUCGCAAGUUUGCAUCCGCAGUUCCGGGGAAGCAUGGCCGCUUGUCCAUCAAGACGCGAGGAGAAAGAUGAUGAAGCAACGUAGCCAAUCACGGCGCCUUUGAUGACGGAGCCUCACUUUUUAAACUGUCAGCACAGAUGAUGCGGGUCUCUUGCCCAUCUCCGUCGCCUUUUCACCCUCUAGCCUACUAGGCCCUAAGGGAGAUUGAAGUCUAUCACGUGAAUACGAUUUUCAUUUUUUAGGCAAAAAUAAAAAGCAGGCGAUCGAGGGGAUGCGGGGGGUGGGGGCAGGGGAACGAAACCCGAGACGAGACCCGGGAUUCCCACACCGAUGCGAGAGAAUCGGUCAACCGUCAGCUCUUGGGCAAUAAUGGUAUGAGGCGCCUUUGACAGUCACCCUUGAGCAUUUCCGAUGAAUAUCAAUUAAACAAAUUGACGGACGGCGGCCGGAGAGCUCAAGAACAACAAAUUCCGACAGGGUGCUACAAAAACAUCACGACGAUGGGACCCUUGGCGACGUGGGGGCAGACUGCAGGAGAGGAGGCAGCGGGUGUUGGUAGGGCCGCUGAACAGGACACCUCACCUGGUGGUUGCCAUUUGCUGAUAACGAGAAGGGGGCCAAAGCGACGGGGAUUGCUGAGCUGGCGGCUUGGUAUGAUUUGACAAGGAGGGGGAAAAAGCAACUAGGCCGCCAGAAGUGUCAGCAUUCGCCGAGAUCCCGAGAAGAUGGGUUCACCUUCAGAUGGACUGCAGCAAGAAACUUCCGCUACUCCUGCCAAACAGACACCGCCGUGAACUUUAUCAGAAAAGCUGGGAGUUGAACGUGUAUGGUUUGCACAGAACAAGGGGGUCAGUUUUGUUCGCUUUUUGCCCGAUUCCCUUGUCGUUCCCCAAGACUUUCCUUCCAAGUCCUUUCCAGAAUUGAGGCUUGACACUUCCGCCUGUCAACAUGGUCCCACGAUUGCUCCAUGGAAUGGAAUCAUGCUCAGUGGUUGGUAACACAAUUCUUCCAGCCCUUGUGAGCCUCUCCAAACAAAUCAUGGGUCACUGCGGAGCAUGUCGGCACUUCUGCUCUUCAUUUCCACCCCCCGUAUGAGUGGGGUGACAUGCAGCAGCAGUGCCUCUUGUUGUAACUCUGGCAUUUUACCGAAUGGGCGCCCCAAGCGAUAUCGGCAAAAUAAAUAAAUGCAAAAAAAGCAAAUCGGUAGAAAAGAGGAAGGAGAAAAUGAUAAAACGAAAAGCUAAAAAAAAUCCAAAAUAGGUACUUGUGAGGGAAAAUACGAGAAAGACGCCGGCGUAUUUUGCCCCAUGUCGAGGCAAGGGCCAAUUUCGUCCAUAAGCUUCUAGCGUCUGAAAUCAUUAAACAGAGCGCAGUUAGCGUUCGAAUCAGAAGGGCGGGCCCAAGUUCCGUCGCCCAUUUCUCCUGGCCACCGCCCACCAGGUCAAGGUCAAGGGGAGGGAGGAGGGGAAACACGCACCAUCGUCCGUUGUCCUCUAUUCUUUUCCUAUUUUGAUUUUGAGAUCAAGCUAGAGAAGCUUGUUAGGCAUGGUGCCCGCCGCCGGUCACAACACCAGCACCAUAGCAUUAUUUUUGCUGCAAGAACAAGAAGCUAUUUUCAACCAUGACCGAACUUGGUCGUUAACUCCUGAGACUGAAAAUACUACAUAUGAGAAGAAUGUGGCAAAGCUAUCCCAGGGGAGAAGAAUUUUGUUUCUUUCUGACCUGGAUACGGAAAUAUUACGCGAACAAACCAAUUCCAAAUUCCAGUCAGAAAUGCUUUCCACUGCCAUUUUUCAUUUUCAUUUUUUUUUUUCCCAUCGUGGUGGAAUGACCACUUGGCCAGGCGAUCAGGGAUUCAUGUGAGGUGAGGUGAGAAAGCAUGGAAAAGCCACCGUUUUCUUCUUCUUUUCUUGACAAAUUAUUAUUCAUUUUCCACGUGUGAUUCUUUCUUGAGCCCUCUCUGGAGUUGCAUUUUAUGACACGUUGAAUGCGCUAUUGAACGGGCUUUUCAGUGUCCUUGACUCAUGAAGGCUCUUUGAAUCGAAGUGCCCAGUUUUUCUUCUUCUUUUUUCCUUUUUUUUUUUUUUUUUUUUUUUUUUUGAGCCGCCUUCAUUUCCCCAAAAGAUUAGUGUUAUUUUCUUUUUUUCGUUUUGGAGGAUGCUGGAAGUUGAGGUUUUGGUGAUAUGCGUGCUGAUCAUCUGAUUCUCUUCAUAUAGAUUAUGAUACAGGGUCGAUCUGCAUAAGAAAACAACUAAUAUUGCUGCAAUGAAACGCCAAGAGGCAAAAAAGAAGAAGAACGAGGAGAAAGCUGAGAAAAAGAAAGUUUUUUUCAAGCCAUCUAUCUUUGGUCGAGCCGGCGAAGCGCGUUUCGACUUUCCUUCGAAGUUGAGAAGCGCUCAACUCCUUGUCAAUUCGCCCAGAAAUAGGAGUAAGGAAGGCCCAACCCCUGAGCAAUCAAGGAACGAACAUGGUCACAUCAAUAAUAAUCAAACUCACUCCCUUCUCCUGCGAACAAUCAUGACUGAAUUGCCAUCAAUUUCCUCUCAUUAUGAGUACUGUAGUGCUUCCAUUCCCUCUUCCCCGCUCACCGUCACUUAAGCAUUCAAAAAAGAGAGAAGAUCCCAGCACUGGGAAGAGCUCCCUUGAUCGUGGUCCGUACAGAGUAAGUAAACAUACUUUAUACCGAGAUAAACAUUGAUAAUAGGGAAGGGAACAGGGGUUUAACUAAAUUCAACUUAUC